AAAUAAGUAAAUAAAAUAACAUUGUAAUGUGUUGUAACCCUACAUAAAAGGGAUAUUUUUCAUUUUCUGGACUUUCUUCAGUUUAACAUUAUUGGGAUUUCAUUUGAAUCGAGAUGAGUGAAAACGGGUCAAAUUCAUCGGACCGAUCUGGCACCAAAAGGAAACUAGAAGAUCAUCAUCUAUUCAGCAGAGAGAGUGACGAUGACGACGACAACCUCUCGAUCGGCAGCAGCAGCAAGUACUCGCGCGUGUCCUCCGACUCCGGAGGCAGCUCGUCGAAAAAACAAAACCACAGCGAGAUUGAGAAGCGUCGCCGUGACAAGAUGAACUGCUACAUCUCGGAGCUCUCUCAGCUGAUCCCCAUGUGCCAGUCGAGGAAGCUGGACAAGCUGACCGUGCUGCGGAUGACGGUGCAGCACAUGAAGAUGCUGCGUAACUCCACGCCGUCGGCAGUCGAGGGCCAGUGCAAGCCCGCCUUCGUCACCGACCAAGACAUGAAGAGCCUGAUACUGCAGGCCGCCGACGGGUUUGUGUUCGUGGUCGGCUGCGACCGCGGACGGGUACUCUACGUCUCAAAGUCUGUGGAGAAUGUGCUAGACUACACGCAGGACGACUUAAUCGGCCAGAGUCUGUUCGACAUCCUUCACCCGCGCGAUGUUGGCAAGGUUAAAGAACAGCUGGCCUCGUCCGACCUGACGGCCCGCAGUCAGCUAAUCGACUCCAAGACGCUACUGCCGAUUCCUACCAGUGUUUCCAGCGAGUCCAACAGCCUGUGUCCCGGCUCGAUGCGGUCGUUCUUCUGUCGGAUGAAGUGCGGGCAGGGAGGCGGCGGUGCGGCUGCCAUGGAUGAGUCGGACGCGGCGUCCGGGCAGCGGCGACAGCGGCGAUUCUCAGCUGCCGGAGACAAGCGGUUCAAGAUCGUGCACUGCGCCGGGUACCUAAAGGCGUGGGUGCCCUCCUCGGGAGACGUGGAGAAGGAGCCAGAUGAAGAGGGCUGCAACCUCUCCUGCCUGGUGGCCAUCGGCCGGCUGUACUCUCAGAUGGUGACAGCACCGUUUGACGCCGCCAACACGCGGCCGCUCGAGUUCUUCUCGCGGCACACCACCGACGGAAAGUUCCUCUACGCCGACCAGAGGGUGACCCUGGCACUGGGAUACCUGCCCCACGAACUGGUCGGUACCAGUAUAUACGAGCUGUGUCAUCCGGACGACAUCGCUCGUAUAGCCAAAACGCACCGCCACUGCCUGCAGUCGCCGGCCGACGAGACGCAGGUAUACAAGUUUCGAGUGAAGAACAACUCCUUCGUCACAGUCCGGACAAAGUGGAAAGCGUUCAAAAACCCGUGGACGAAGGAGCUGGAGUAUAUUUCAGCAUCAAAUCAAAUCAUGAACCCGAGUCCGUCUCGGCCGGGCGGCUCCCGCAGCUCACGGGACCCCGUCCAGGACGAUCUGCUGCGCGGAUUCUCCCCUCUAAACCUGGACGGCUCCGAGACAGGUGGCUCAAUAUCGGGGGAGACGGCUUACAAGUUUGACAGCAUUAGCGCGAGCAAGAUCGGACGGCGGAUCGCGGACGAGGUGCUGGACAGUAGUCGGCGGCCGUCUCCCUCCCUGACCUCCGCCAGCCCCGCCUCGAACGUCGAGACGCUGCUGGAGAACAUCAGGGAAAACUCCAACUCGGGUUCGACGCUCUUCGACACCGUAAGCCGGGACGACGAGCUGCUGAGCAGCCAGCAGCUGCUGACGGAGGUGAUGCAGGACCGCGACCCCGCCUCGGAGGAGGGCGCCGGCGGAGGCGUGUCGCCGGCCGGCCGGCCUGCCCCGCCCCCGCCGCCGCCGCAGCCGCUGCCGCCGGCGCUGCACGGCCGGAACGGGCUGCCGGGCCCUGGCGAGGCGGCGCAGAGCCCGGCGGCCGCCGACGCACAGGAGGACGAGGCAGCCAUGGCGGUGAUCAUGUCCCUGCUGGAGGCGGACGCCGGUCUCGGCGGACCGGUCGACUUCACCGGACUGCCGUGGCCGCUGCCCUAGACGGAGUGGAGGGUGUCGGUCGACCGAGCUGCUCUGGAGACAGAGGGUCAGUCCACAGCGGCCCAUCCGCCCCGGCGGUGAGCGCGCUAGCUGUUGCAUUGUGACGUCGUUACCACGUGACGUUACCUGCCCGCGAGUCACCGCAGUUCGCCGUGAGGUCAGGACCGGCACUCUGGAGUUACACUCAAUCACUCUCAGGCGGCAAACGACAAUCAAAUGGCCCGUCCGUCGGUCGCCGGUAGUGCAGCCGCACGCGCAGAUUAUUAUUAUGAGCUCGUGGUCAGAGGGUGCGGCUGAUGACCUCAUCUGGCGUUCCUCGCAGUCCUGGGUUAUUGCCAGCAGGGCCCGGGACGGUAUUGUUGUCUUUCGAUAGGCAUGCGUCGUGUGCUAACGGUGUGAUUCUGUGCGCAGUGACUGGAGGAUAGCGCCCGGUCUGGUUAGUGGGAGCGUAUAGGUUAUGGUUUAGGUCCGUGUAGUGAUGUAUGGUGGCAUUCGGGGGAUGGUGUCGUCAGUCCAAUCAUGAUCAGAGUAUUUAUUGAGCAGCUUUUAGGGGGUGUAAUACGGUAUUACACCACGAGGUGAGGUAUUACUAAUACCUCACCUCGUGGUGAGUUACUCUAGUUUGGUCGGAUUGCCAAAACAAAGACGCAGUGAACCCGAUACUAAAUUGAAAUCCAAUUUGCUACAGGAUGCUGCAUAGCAGUUUUUACGGGAUUAAAUAAUAAAUAUAUCGUCCUUUUGAAAAUUGAGGAAUCAAAUAUUUAUUGAGAUAUUGCAGUGCAUAUUUGUUACUGCUUAUCCAUAUGCGGGACGCAUACAUACUUCGCUUCAAUUAUUCGGUCUUCUAAUUAAGCAGCCUUUUAUUGUGCUGCCAUUUUAGUCAACUUUUCUUCUUUGUCCAUUUCGCCGCCAAGUUGCAAACAGGUUUAGAUAUUCCGUAAAACAAAUCGAGUAUAUGGGGAGAACGUGCUAUAUGUAUCUGUACCACACAUGGUCAUAGGCAAUCGACUCUAGCGUCGUCAAUCGUAUGUGAAACAUAAGAUACUUUAUACCUGUCGGCACCGUUUCGGCUAUUCGUGGGAAGGGUGUCGCCAUUCGAUAGACAUGGACUGGUCAUUAUUAGUCCAUCAUUUUGAGGAAGUGAUACGGUAGGAUUCGCCGGCCGUUUCGCCCGGUCCUCUACUGGAACGGCGUGAUCGCAGGGCCGGGGCCCGAUGCCAUUGCUCAGCUGGGGCGGUACGUAGUCUGUAGUUCAAACUCGGGCGGGUGCUCGCGCUUUCAUUGUAGUGCAGUGUCCGCGGUGGCCAGGGCCUCGGGCGGCAGUUCCGCGUAGGGGUCCCAGUGGUCCGUCCUCACGGACAAAUCCGGCUCAUCGGAGCACCUCAGCCAGUCGUCGGGCAACCAACCAGAUUCUAUUUUUGCCGGCAGCUGGGAAAACGCCACAUGUGAUCGCUCCGUGCUCAGAAAGUCAAUCUUCCCAGGUUCGCGGGCUGAGCUCAGACUGGCAGGCCUCGGUGCGGGUCGGAGGGCAUUGCCACCGGAACUUUGACGCGGGUCUGCUCGGAUAGCAGCCUGACUAGGAGUUCCCCUCCGGAGUUUCGGAAGGGACGCGCUGUGUCUCUUCAGACGGGUUCCGAGACGGGGUAAGACAUGUGGACCUCCCUAAUACAUUCGUAGACGGGUGUUAUUGAACACCCUUUCAGAGAUGGGUGUAACACUCGUCACAAGCUAUAUCAAAUCGGCUGGGACGGCUUUGCGUUCGAGGGAGCACCGCCGGACUCGCAGAGCUGACUCAAUAGAUAGACUUGCGGUGGUAGCUAGGUGAAGCGAAUCGUUACUGUGGGGACUGCUGUGGCAGUGACAAGAGACUGUCUCCGCGGGUCCGUACAGCCUCUGUUGUUUGUAAACAGAUCAAUCCAGUGUGGGGAGGGUGACGCGGGGUAGCGCCGACCGGUGUCGGGCAGCUGGGGAAAUGCGCGGACGAGUGGCCGGGGUGUCUAUACCAACGUACCUGCCGGUGGCGAGCGCCGAGCCGACUGUGAGAGUCGUGGGCACGCCACAGAGGGUUCUACUCCCGCAGCGGGGCCGCGCGGCAGUGACACAGCGCGACGUAUAUUUUAUCUUGUUAUCAUCCGAUCGAUGUCCAUGUACUCUGCGUUGAUGCUGGCGGGGCGGCCACCGUGCAAUGUAUGUAUGUCUGUCUGUGUCGUACACACGCCAUGUUAAUCGUACCGGUCGCUGUUGGCUGUUCAUGUGCGCAUUUUGAGCUAGCCAUGGUCAGUGGAGUGUGCAAUAUUUUGUCGCAUUUGGUUGAUGUCUGCGCGCCUGCCGGGACGGGUGCGCGUUCGGCGCCCCCGCGCGUGCUCACCAGUUUCCACGGGUGGGUGGGCUCCUCUGAUCCGGAUGCUCUUCUUAGUAUGCUGAUUUCCUGUCAUCUUUUUCAUCCACCAGCUACCGGACCGACCUGGUGCUUCAACUUCCUCUCCUUCAGCUCCGACUUGUCAGAUCCAGGGAGUCCGGGAGGCAGUGUCGACUCCGACGUCCUGGCCAAGACCCAAGUCCGGCGCACCAAGUAAGCAUUGGUCUUUCCUGUCGUCUGUUCCCUACGUUAUCCCUCUCGAUCGCUCACUUUCCCUGGUCCCACUUAUCACCCCUCCCGCUGCUCCGGCCACCACUCCUUCUAAACGUCCCCAAUGUCGCAUCCAGCUGCUCGUUUCCCCGAGUGCCCUGUCGAUGUACAUUUGUGACGUCUGUCUCGAAUGAGUCAUGGUCAGGCUGUUUCUAUUCUUGUCCUUUUCAGCAACUACCGUUAUAAUCCAGCCUUCAGUUUCCACUCCAGUUUCGCCACUGUUUCCGCCUUUUUGAUGAUCUGGCGCCUCCGUUCAAUUAUUUCAAGCUGGUCGUUGUGGACUCCACCUCCUCGCGCCUCUGAUACCGACACAUACACCUUCAUACCAAACUAUCCAAUACCGCACAGACUAUCCAUAAGAUUGCCUUGUCGGGUUCGAUGCUGCGUACCGUUAUCCGGCCGUCCGGGUCCUCUCCGGAUAAUCUGACCUGUCUCCGGAGCAGUCGCUGACCUGGUGACCUGACCUGGGGGAGGGGACUGGAGCGCGGCACGACACUUGCCGGUAGGGUGUGAGCUGUGGUCGGGAGGCCAAUAUACGUGCCAUGCUGUGUGCAGAGA